AUGGCGUCGGAACUUGGAAAUGUAGGGCAUACCUUGUUCGAAGCGUUCGAGUCGGAGUUUGGGUGCACUCGAACCGGCGGCCAACCACAAUCUUCCUCCGAACAAUGUCCAGAUGGCCUCCGUCCCGACCAUGCUGAACCUCCCAGACCGUCUGAUGCCACUGCAGUUAAUAGUGUGGUUCCCGACGUGGUAGAUCAGUCAACCCAGGAUCGGGAUCUUGGAAGCCACGAGACCCAAUCCGGAGAGAAAGAGCUAGGGUCGGAAUCAGACUCCAAAAAUGGCACCAAGAAAGCUGCAGAGGCGGACGGUCCGGCUCGGCCAGGCGGCCCUAACCAGGCGCAGCCAGAUGCAUCUUCAUACGUGCCUCAUGCCCCUCGUGGACGUCACGGCCCUUUUCCUUUCACACCCUACUUUCAACCACCACCCCCUCCUCCACCGCAUCCUCAUCCCCAUCACCAUUAUCCGCCUCCGCCUCCACCACCUCCUCACCAUCCUCCUUUCUUUGGUCCGCCUCCUCAUCACUUCCACCAGCCCUUCCCAGUUCCACAUCCGCCGCCUUUCUGGCCGACACCCGAAAGUUUGAGUCAUCCUCACUUCCCUGCUGGGCCUCAGGUUCAUCAUCCACAACCCACGAGUACCCAUGCACAUCCCUCCCAACACGCGGCCCGGCAUUAUAACCAAUGUCGUCGUAGCCGUGGUCCCACUAGUCAUCAACAUGUUCAUGAACAAGGCCGUGGUGGAACCAAUGAUGUGCCAUCAUCUGGCCGAGAUGCCACAUCGACAGAAACACAAAGCCCCACUAACACAUCAUUGUUCGUCGGAAAUGUGGGCUUCAAUGUUAGCGAGAAGAUGAUCCGCGACGUUUUCGCCUCCAGGGGUUUUCUAGUAGAUGUACAUUUGCCUCUUGAUGUCGGGACCGAAAAGCACGCUGGAUUUGGCUACUUGUUCUUCCCAUCUGUCCCUGCGGCAAAGGCGGCCCUGGAGGCCUUGCAGGGUACGCAUAUUGAUGGCCACGCAAUUAACCUGGAGUUCAGUGACCAGACCCCGGUCAUUAAACUGCACCCUGAGGAACCUUCUCCUCAAGCAACAUCAGACAGUCCCAUGCCUGUUGUUAGUGAUCGGAAGUCCAAUCCAUAUGAACUUCAAGGGUCUACAGCUACACCCGCCAAGUUGGAGAAGGCUUCACUUGGUAGCCAAGAUGGAUCCAAAUCGCCCAGCGGUAAACGUGCCGCCCCUUUGACCGUGGCGGACUUGUGUUCCAAUGAUAAUCGCAAUCCGGGCAACGCAGCGUCUGCCAAUAGUCUGGAAGACUCAUCGUUGGGGGAUUCCACGCGGCUGAAUUCACUCUACCCGUCCCUCUUGCCUGAAGGUGUCCCGAAGUCGGGGCCUUCUGAGCCUGUUAGUCCUGCGUUUGAUCGGAUCCCCGAACUUACGCGUGAAUUGGAAGAGUGCCGCUUUCCCCCAGUCUCACAGCUCGAAGCGCACUUUUUGGCCGAGCAGCAGAAGGAAGCGGCUUCAUCCAACGUACAGACGAGGUCUGUCGGUAAAGCACCAGAAGCUAAGAAUCUGAACGGCAAUGCGGCGCUGCAGGGGCUUCCCGGCGCAUAUCCGCAGGAGGUCCGUGGGGACUCGUCGACACGACCUGGACAGUUCUCAGGAACCCGUAAUCUGCAUGGUGCACAUGACAAUGGGGAAUCAUCUUUUGGCCCUCGCCGCCAUGUUAGACGUUGGAAGAGCCAGCGACCCCGCUCUGCUUGGCAAGAUGAUUUCUUGGGGUGGGACGCCCCUCGCGGCAUGUUUGGCGGGAGACCGGAAGGUCGUCAUCGUCACCGCGGUGGACGUCGCAACAGUUUUGAAAGCCCUUUAUCCGAGACUCAAGUAGCGAAUCCCAAUGUCAGACAACGCGAAAUUGAUGACUGCGUCUCUACCUUGGUGAGCUUGGGAUAUGGAGGAGCCAGCGACGGUGGCCAUCAACGAAUAGCGAUUUAUGCUGCGGCUGCGGACGGCAGGGUAUCGGAUGCGAUUGAGAUGAUCGAGGAAGAACGCAAGGCAUACGAACAACAAGGAUCGACGAUGUGA